AUGGGUGCCUGGGGGGGGACCCAGGUGUCUGGGGGGGUCCCAUGGCCGGCGCUGGGGGUGCUGCGGGGGGGGCUGGGGGACCCCGAAUCCUCCGUGCGGGGGGCGGCCGCCUUUGCCCUGCGCAGCCUGGCCGACUGCCUGCAGCCGGAGGUGACAGCGGUGGCGGAGGCGGCGUUGCCGGCGGCGCUGGCGGCUCUGGGAGGGGACCCGGGGGUCCGGCCCCCCCCCGCCAAGGCCUGGUACAUCCUGGAGAGUCUCCUCGAGUGUCUCGGAGAGGGGGUGGGUCCCUGGCUGCCCCCCAUCCUGGAGACCGUUUUGGGGGCGUUGGAACUUUCGGGGCCCCCCCGGAAAGUGGAGCUGGGGCUCAGCGCCCUCCACUCCCUCGGUGA